AUGGAACCCAAAAUCGAUUUUCCAAUUACACCUAGUCCUGUGUCCAUUGACUCAUUCAGUGAGCUCACAGAAGCAUCUCUUGAUAGAGUAGAGGAGCUUGGUCGAAAAUCCGAAGAACGGCUUAAGGACUAUGUGCCUCUCGAUGGAGGUGACAACGUUGUCCGUCUGCUGCAAACAUUCAUUAAUUAUCUUCCAAAGGAGGGUUCGGUUAUCCUGAUGGAUGACAUUCGGACACUUCAGGAGGACGACAAGCUGCGCCAGCUAGGUGGCCACCUAACCGAUGCCAUUUUAAAGCCAAUUGUGUCGUCGGGUGGAAAGACCCCUGCCAUAGCCCAGUCCCCAUGCGUGGAGACCAGGGAUGAGGUUGACUCUUUAAUGGUUGCCCUCUACGCGUCGCCCGCCAGUGUACAAUCAAAAGUGAAAAUUGACUGUCUCAAGAGAGAUGGGUUCAGGCGCCAAGUGACUGGAUACUGGGAUCUACUAUCCGCCCAAAAGAACCUCUACCGCCCAGAGACCGAUGAUCCUUGCUUUGCAAAAACCGGCGAGAAAACAUUCUGCCGUUUGCUUUGGGACACUUCGACGAUGAUAAGAGCUCCGAAGUAA